AUGUAUGCUCAUAAUUUAUAUGGUGAUUUAUAUGAGAAUGUUUCAUUUGAUAACCAGUGGUGUUAUAUACGUGCAUAUCUUCUUUAUGUUGGUCUAGCAACAUUGUAUCAUUCACAUUUAUUACAAGCAAUUUUUCGUUUUUUUCGAGUGGUUUUCUAUAAAUCAAAACAAUUGCAAACAAUACGAUUUAUGUUUCGAUUGGUUCUUAUUCAAUGGUUAAUGGAUUUUCUUUUAAUGUUACCUGUUUUAUUUCUACAUAAUUUUGAAUAUGCACCACAUUAUUACUAUUGUCAAACACUAUAUGUAGAUAUAAAAAAAAUAUUACUUCCUGCUGUCAUUACAUAUUAUCUACCAAUGGUUGGUAUUGGAGUGAUUUAUUUUUAUAUUUUACAUUAUAUGAAAAAGACUAAAAAUCAAUCAGUUUUACAAAAUCGUCAUGUAUCUAAUCAACGAGAUCUUGUUGUUCUUCAUCGCAUUAUUCUUUUGAUUGGAAUACUUUUUAUGCUUUCUUUUCCUGCGCUCAUUAUUUAUCUCAUUUAUCUAAUCACUAAUUAUCUAUAUUCAUUAAUUUAUCAUUUGCAAUGGCUGACAUAUGUGUGUUCAUUAUCAAUUCUUCAAAUAAUAUCAGUUUUGUUAACACCUCAAUUAUACAAACUAUUUUCCUGGAAACAAAAUCAACGUAUUCAUCCAGUAAAAGCAAUUCAGAUUCGUCAUAAUACUUAG